CAUGACCCCUACUUUUCUUUGGAUAUUUUUACAGUAUUAAUGUUGAUCUACAAGAAAAUGUAAGCUAAAGAAAUUUAAAAUGGGUCUAGGUGUGUAUUGCAGCAUUGUGAAAACUUGUCAUUUUAUAUAGAAUAUAUAGUGGUGGCUAUUUAGUGUGUUAUAACCUUUAAUGUCUAAGAAAUACGCUUGUUCAGUGUGUCUGGAAAAUUGUAAAACGGGUUGUAUUUACUGUGAGAUUUGUCAGUCAUGGCUGCACUACAGUUGUCAGAAUAUCGACAAAGCAGAGAGCAAAGACUGGACAGGUACACCGCUUGGUUAUAUCUGUAUUGUUUGCCGAAGCUGCGACGACGGCUCAUUUGACUUCCUUAUGGGAACUGAAAGGCUGAAAAAGGCAGCUAAACUGGGGCUGAAGAUGCUGAAAAUCGCCGUGAACAGAGAAACACUCUUCCUGAAAUCACAGCCUGUUGAAAACACACUACAUUCUGACUUCAGCAGCCACAAACAGGAUCAUGUAGCUAACAUCUUCUUGAAUCACUACCACGCCAAUACAAAGGCUGCACUACGUAGUACAGGGGACGGCGACUGCCCUUUUAAUGCAAUAUCAACCUGUCUUGUGGGCGAUGAAUCUAUGAGUGUCGAGUUAAGGUUUAGGUGUUGUGUCGAGAUGAUCAAUAACAAAAACAAAAUUCUACGACAUAAAUUGUAUCCAAGACUAGUGUUAAUUUCCCCUGAUUAUGACAAGGAUUAUGUAGACUGUACUAAACCUGGUUCAUAUUCCUCAGUUUGACGAAUGAUUGCCGUGUCAUUUCUACUCAACAUGCAAAUAGAUUCAAUGUAACCAAAUGUAAAUGGUAGCAAGCAUAUCGCCUUUCAGUCUCUGAACACUUCAUUCAAAACGCCGUUCGCAGAUCCAGAAAAAGGGCGAAUAACCAUUAUGUGGACACACACGUCGGUACCAGACAGAAAUGCUUUCGGGGAAAACGUCUCCAAACGUCAGAGAAAAGAGUGGACGCCAAAUCAUUUUGUACCUCUCGUUGGUGUUCCUAGACAGUCUGCUCGGCAAGAAGAAAGUAUAACACCAGCUACCAAUCAUUCUUCAGCAUCAAGCACACAUUCUCUGUUCCGAUCUCCAAACAGAUUGAAGCAUAAGUAACUGAAGAUGUCCACAUGCCUGAAACAGAUGACGAAACGUGCUCAAAACACAAUGAACAUUCAAACAGUUACGAGAAAGUAGAUACUUGUGAACCACACACAGGUGAAAAGGUCAGGGAAACUUACAAUCAUUAUGACAUUGAUGACGAAAUCCCACCGUCACCGCCAUUGGAAAAGUAUGUACGGAAUGAUUUAUCGACCAUAAAUGAAGAACCUGAAAAUGAGAAAAUACAACUGUCAGAAGACAGCGUUAAAACAAACACCUCCUUCGAAUCACUGAAAUCAACACGACAGUUCCGGACAAUGAACCUGAAGAAUUCUCGUGUGGGCCUCUUGGGAACAAAUUUAUGGACCUUCAUAACACUGACAAUGUCUUCAAAGGACACUAUGUGAUACUGGAAGAAAGUCCAUGUGGCACGAAGGACGGGACGUAUUUUGUUGAAAACCGUAAAAUAGGUAAAAAAAUCCGAAAUAUGGGACGAUUGUGGUGCAUGGAAAAAUGCGUCUACACCAAUAUCAUUAUUCAUACUUAUCAAUAACAAACUUACUGCAAUUGUGAAGAGACAAGGUCAAUACUGUGUGGAAAGACAGAUAAAUAAGAAGCGCGAACAUACCACUAGAACCACAACCAAGUGAGGACUCUAUUUUGAUUGUGCACAGACUAUAUCAGACACUUUCCGCCUCUCCAAGCGGGAAGAAUCAAUUUAAAAGAAGAUGUACUUGGUUAGGGAGCAGCCCAGACUUUUGUCCUUCAGCACCAACAACAGUUGCUAUCGUGGAAUACAUAGGUACAUUCCCGCCGCGGCAACAUCAUGGUCGCACAAAAGACUUUGAACAUAAUAUUCCGUAUAUAAGAACUAAACUGUUGAGCGCACAAUGAAUAGAAAGACAAAUGAUGACAAUGAAAAACAAAGGAAUGAAAAUCAAUUGAAAAACAUUAAAGCGGGUUUAAACAGGGAAUCUCGUGAGAAUUGUCACACGCACAAUUCAGCUGAUCAAAUAAUAUGUGUAGAAGAGAUGACCAAAACUCAUGAAUUUGUUAAUAGUGUUAAACAUAUUAGUGGAAUUCAUCAUCCUGUAGUAACACUGUAUACGGACCAACAGAUAGAAGAUAUCAAACGUUUCUGUUGUAGAGAUGGUGGUUGUGUGCUAAUCAUAGAUAAGACGUUCAAUCUUGGAGAUUUCCAUGUAACACCCACAUGCUAUAAAGACAUUUCAGUGAUAAGAAGAAAAACAAAUGACCACCCGAUAUGUUUUGGCCAUACUUUCAUUCAUACGAAUUCGUCCACAAAAACAUACUCGAGACCGAGAUAGCUUCGCUAGUAAUUGGUAGUGAUGAGGAAUAUGCCUUCAAAUCAGCCAUUAAACGAUGUUUUCCAGGCUGUACACACAUUUUAUACACGCGCCAUCUGAAACAAAAUAUAAAAAUAUAUGGAGGACCAGGUACGCUUUCCACAAAAAGAGAGACAGCAAAUCAUUGACGAAGUAUUCGGAACAAACGGAUUAGUGGAAAGCAGAGAUAUAGACACAUACAAUAAACGUGUUGAAAACAUUCAUACGAAAAUUGAAGAAUAUGAAAUGCAUUCUUGUGGAAAAUAAUUUAGACCUUAUUUUGACAAAGUUUUAAGUUUAAUCAAUGAUCAUGUAAUCAAACCCGCUGAAAACAAAAAAAAAAAUCCCUUCUAACUGGACCAACAAUAAAUCGAAUCCAUCUAUAUGGGAUGUCGCUUUACUAUUUUAUAUACAUUUUACAGUACAUCAGAAAAAUCAUUUUGUGAUUUUGUGAUAUCAUUAACUAUCUUCUGAUUUUAAGAAAUGCAUCAGAGGUCUUGUAAUCAACAAAUCCAUUUUAGAACAAACUAAAAUAAUUAUUGACUGUACUCAUCUCUGUCAGGAUUUAAAAAUCAGUCACUCAAGGCUACAUGUAUUAGAUAAAGUAGAAUUCCAGUGUAGAAGACUUUUGUGCAACUUACAUAGUGAGAGAUAUAGAUAUCGGACUGUAAUUAAGAAAUUAGAAAAUUAGUAAUAGCGGUACGCCUAAAGUGCGCAAUGGUGCGCAAUGGAGG